AUGUUUCUUCUUCCGGACCGUAUCUUCGGCAUGCGGUGGGGGCGUUGGGUGGUUUUGUAUCUGCCUGUCUUGCUGUCGCUGCCGCUUGGUUUGCAGCUUUUUAAAGUUCAUAGGAAUGACCCCCAACGCCGCUCCCUCAAGCAGAGUUUCAUAGACAGCGGCUACGGUUUCUUUUCUUACGAGGUGUCUGAUGAGAUAUGCAACAGCCCGGAGACCCCAGAGCUUGCUGCUGCUCCUUCAGAGGUGCUGCAGCAAGCGCACGAGUUGCUACUGCAGCACAAGCAACUCUCUCAAGUGCUGCACGGAGAACAAGGGCAGGUCCCUCUGCCUCUGCUUUCUGUGCAUUGGGUGUUUCGGUUUGCUCAGCUGAGUCCCCAGAAGCGGGAGGUAUUUCUGCAUAAAUUGCAACAACUGGAGGCCUCUCUAAUAAGCAGUACAGACACUCCACUGUCUCCAGCAGAAUUGCAGCAAACUGUCGACCUUGACUUAUCCCCUGAGCUCGCGACUUCACUUAUACUUUAUUCCAAUUGCGAGAAACACAGAAGCAGCAGAAGAAAUGCCUCUGAAGAGCAGCAAACGGCGGAUACCCAGGGGGGCCCCAGCGAAACUGCUGAGGGUCCCCCAGAGGGGGGCCCUGGGGAAACUCCCCAAGAAGUAAACCCUCUUGGGGCCCCUAAGAGAGAAGUUCAGGGGGGCCUCUUGCGUUCUUUAGGAAUACAUACGCAUAUGUUUAUGCCGGGCCGUUUCCUUAAUGAUCCUGAGCGGAUUUGUUCAGACUUUGAGAUUGAUAUAGACAAGGAAGGAGGGGGAAAUAAGAAUAAAAGGAGUGCAAAGAAUUCUAUUUGCAAUCCUUCCUUUGAAACUGUACUGCAAAUAAUGCCUUUAAGACUUCAACGAUGGUGGGGUCGUGUACGGUGGCAGUAUCAUAUGGCGGAGUAUUUAAGAAAGAUAUUAACUGUCUUUUUUCCUUUAAAUCCGUAUAUGCACAUGUUGUACAGACAAGAUAUGUUUGCUUUUCUCUCGCUUAUGACUCCAUACCUCGAGCUAGAGCCUCCUGUACAAAUAGAUAACACCUGCAAGCCUCCCCCGUCUUACUGGGUGGUGCCGCUGACGCAGCAGCAGUGGAAUGAACGCCAGCAGCAAAAAGAAGCACAAAAAGAAAAACAACAACGGGAUCAACAGAGAACAUGCAAAGCGGAAGCUGCAGCGGAGGGGCAAUCCUGUACAGAACCGCAGCAACAGCAACAGCAACAACAACAACCGCAGCAACAGCAGGACCAGCAGCAGCAAAAGCAGCAGCAGCAGCAACAACAGCAGCAGCAGGAGCCUUCAAAUGUAUUCUCAAUCCCUAAGGAACACGACAACUACGUGCUCAUUGACGAUUAUUGUAAAGAGGCCAGCAAAAUCCACAAGGGUUUUUUUACAGGAAAGCCUCGAAAGAAACCAGUUAAAAUUGUUGAUGCUGUUAUAUUAGGAUAUGAUCUAGACUUACUAGAAAUACGGUUUCAUGAAUUAUAUCAUGCAGUAGAUUAUUUUGUUGUUGCAGAGGCGCACCAUCACACUUUAGGUGUAUAUCAAAAGCCUUUAUUUUUUAACCGAAAUAAAGAAAGAUAUCGUGCAUUUCUUGAUAAAGUAAUUCAUUUAGUUCAGCCGUUCGAAGCCUCUCUUCCUGUAGCUCAACGUUGUAGCGAAGAUCAGUUAAAAUUUGAUAAAGAUGCAUGCUGGGAUUAUGAAAUGUUUCAACGAGAUAGUCUUCUUCAUAUGAUUGCACAUCUUAAUGCGGGUUUCAAUAACUAUGGAAAUACACAUAUUCCUAAAGGCUUUCUAGAAGAUGAUGCGCUUAUACUUAUCAGCGAUGUCGAUGAGAUCGUCAUGGGGGAUCGUCUGCGGCACCUGAAGUUCUGCGAGCCUUUCCCUCAGCAGCAGUUUGGGUGGGUGUUAGUACAUUACCCCGGGCGUAUUGACGCAAUGGCGUUGAAAGAUUUUAAAGUUAUGUCUGGCAUUCAACAAACAAAAUACCCUCAUGCAAUAGGGCCUCUAGCAGAUACAUUCCCUUAUAAGUCUCUGCGGCAUUUGGAAACUAAGACAGAUUUUGUUUAUGAACGCCACGCAUACACCCGCCACGGACCCUCUGAUCUCUCGCCUCAGCUCUACCUCCACGGGGGUUGGCACCUUUCUGACACAUCAUAUUUACCCUAUUUAUACGCAAAAGUGCCUUCAGACGACAUAAAGCCUGGCUAUGAACCCUUCCCUCUCUUUACACCUCUUUUAUCUCAACGACAAUUUUCUUCUUUUUCUCCCGGCGGUCUUCUUCAAGCUCAAGUCGCUGCUUGGAGGGAAUUCAGAGAUUAUAGACAAGUGGCGUCUCUUUGUGUUGAGGCCAAGGAUGUGCCUCCACAAUACAAAGAGAUUGGGUUCGGGUCAAUUCCAUGGGUACCCGACUUGGUUUCAGGAGUCUGA